AUGCACCAUCAGGGCUCCCAGCACACAAGUUCGUCUGGCUCCGGCCAGACCUCGAGCUCCCAGUCUGGACAGUACCACCAAAACGAACCUCGCACGCCAUAUGGUCCGCGAUACCAGCAAUCCACCAACCCAACCUCCUGUGAAAGCAGCAAUCUGAGUCUGAACCACAUGUUCAAUCGUGUGCAUGCACAGAGCUCUCGCUCCAAGUACAGUGGCUCAAAGAACAACUCUUCCGCUCAAAUGAACACGAGUCUGGACUGGUCGAAUGCGAAUCGUGCCUACAACAGCCCUUUCAUCCUGUUUCCCAACUCAACUGUCUUCAAUGGUGUUCCGACCGUGCCUUCGUUUGUUCCCAACACUGUACCUGGCCAGAAUGAUCAGAUGAGCCAAGUAUCCUACCUUUCACCUGGUAUCUACCCAAAUGUCGGACCCAUGAUGGCUGGUGCUUAUUCUUCCUGGCCUUAUGUGAUGAGCUACGAUGUGCAAGAUGGAAAGAACAUCAAGCAACAAGGUGUCUGGAACGUCACCGACGCCCAGAACGGAGCCCAAAUUGAGAACGCGAACCAAUUUCAAUACUACGCUUCCCCAUACGUUUCCUCCAUUGAUGGUAGCUCCAUGUCAUCAAUCGGGGCUUAUUCUUAUGGCAGCAUCGCUUCUCAGAUUGGGUCGCUCUCACUCCCUCUUCAAAUGAUGAAGACGCCAAAUGGAUAUGUCGUUCAAGAUCUGGAGGCCAUCACUCAACAAGAGCCUGCCAUCCCCCGCGCUGUUCCUGCCAUGUGGACCAACCCCUCGGAGCUGACACUGGCGAAGUGCCUGGAGAACCGUGAGGGCAUUACAAAUGUCUACAUUCGUGGAUUUCUCCCUGAGACCUCCGAUGAGAUGCUCCAUGCUUAUGCUGCUCGGUUCGGCAAGAUUGAGCGCUGCAAGGCUAUUGUCGAUCUGGAUUCCAGUCUCUGCAAAGGCUUCGGGUUCGUUCAGUAUUACAACUUUGAGUCUUGCGAGAACUGUAUCCGGGGCUUCUUCUACCUGGGAUACCAAGCCAGCUUUGCUCAAAAGUCUCGCAACUCUCGGUUGAAGGAUCUCGAGGACAAGUCUUCUACCAAUAUUUAUUGUACCAACAUUCCAAUUGACUGGACAGAGGCCGACCUUCGACGUCACUUCGAGCCAUGGCGUGUGAUUUCGGAGAAAAUCAGCCGGGAUGAGAAAACAGGUGUGAGCAAGGAAGUGGGAUUUGCACGAUUCGAGAACCGCGACGUUGCAGAAAAGGUUCUGAUUGAAUUCCACAACGUCGCCAAGGAGGAUGGAGUGAAGUUGCUCUUGCGCUUCGCUGAUACCAAAGCCCAGAAGAUCUUGAAGCAGCAAAGCAAUGAGCGUCGGGCUUACCGCGCUGGAGAGUACAACUACUCGGUGGAGGUGGUGCAGGGAUCUACUCCCUCCCCCACGAUGCGACGUGGCUCUCAUCUCACACCCAACUCUCAAGUCAGCUACGUCUCCCCAGCCGGGGUUGGCUCUAACUGGACCCCGGCCACUACGAUCUCCCCAUGUCACCCACACAUGAAGAAAGCUCCUAGCAGCGCCCGAGAUAGCUCGUUGUCGUCCCGAAGCCUCAAUGCUCUCGAUGCCACACCUGCUCGUCGGGGCCGAGCUCUUUCUCUGGGUCGUCGCUCUUGCACUGAUCUUUCCGGUGGCUCAUCCAAGACUGUUGUGCCAGGGAACUCGACGGAGUCUCACUCAUACGCUUCCACCCCUCGCAAGGAGAACUCCAGACCCCGAUCCUCCUCUGCCGACUCGGCUCCCAUGAUUAUUCUCUCCCCUGUCCGCUAA